AGACUGUAAACAGCACCAUGCACGUAGCGACGUCGGAGUCUAGGGGAGAGCUGCAGGAAGAGAGGGAGAGACAGACAAAGAGGGAUAAAGAAAUUAAGUUUGAGACCAUAGGAACUGUGUGGCAGUAAUAAGAGGAAGCUGAAUGUGUAACAUCCGCGAGUGACAUCCUCCCGUCUCUCCCCUAGUACUCUCGUGCACGUAGACACGCUUAACUCAACAUAUCCACCAGCCACGCUGUGCCUACUGUAGUUGUAGUGUCCUUAAAGGUUAUCACUCCCAUUACCAAAGAAAAGCCUACCUUAAAGUAAAACGAGCACUUAGCAAUCAAGACAAAGCAGUAUUAUCUUAGCUCUAAACACAGCUUUCACCCGUACACAAGCAAACAUUCACCUGCAAAAGGCAAUUCAAACAGUCCCGUACCCAGCAGUCCAUUUUUAAGGAACUUACCAACAUAGCAAGACAUUGCCAGUGGCCCCUUGAAAUAGACACAUAAAGUACAAAUAUUUUGCAUAGGACACCACCCACUGUGAGUCACCAGCCGACCAAUUAAACAUUGCCACACAUUCCUUUAAAGCCCUAACUGACAGAACGAACGAACGACCACAGAGCCAGUGGCUGUACCGCACGCUCAUCAUGGCCUCUAUUACCCAAUCCUCCGAACCCGAGAUCCCCGACAAUCACAAGGAGAGCUGGCUGGCACUUCUGGCUGCGGCAGAAGCCUACAGCCAGAAGUCGGGCUGCGAUCUGACCAUCCUGACCGCCUGCAAGAAGUUCCACCCGAGUCUGGUGGAGGGAGACGGCACCAGGAAGCAGGGAAUCGGUGGCCUGAUCCCAGCCAGCAGGAAGUGGAAUUACUCCUAUCACGUUUGGGGUCAGGGGGCACUGGCAGAGGCCUCGCGGCGAUACAUAGAUGACAUCGCUGUGCUGCACUCCACCACACUGCUGACGGCACAGCGGCACACGCGCCUGGUUACUGGAGAGGGCGGCACCAAGCUCGGCGUGGACAUAACCUCUGACACAGGAUCACGAAUGGGCUUGACUGGGGACAGUGUUGUGGGAACAGUCAGCCCCAGCGCACGGCUAUAUUCGCAGAGCUACCCGUCAAUCUACAGCUCGGGGGCCGUCGUCGGUCAAGUCGGGCCUCAGCAUGGAGAUGGAGAGAGGGAGAGAGAGAGAGUGGUACUAGAGGAGGCAGAAGAAGAAAGAGAGAGGGCUGGAAUGGUGGACCUAGAAGAAGAGGGGGAGGAAGAAGAAGAAGAGGAAGAUGACGACCUGGAAGGAAGGAGACGGAAUUUGAACGAAUCUGCAGGAGUGUUCUCCAUGGACGAGGACUCUCUGUCCAGGGACUGUGAACCCUUCUUUGAGUCAGAUGGUGAGGAGGAGAGCACUGAUGGGUCUCUGAGUGAAGACGCUCCCCCCCCUUCCCGGAGCAUGGCGGUGGGUCAUGGCAUGCUGAUGUCUCGGCCCCCUCCCCACCCCAGUGCCCUGGCCAUGGCGCGCUCGCUCCCGGUCUCUGUGCCUGUGUGGGGCUGCAGGGGCAGCAGAGUGCCCCCCGGGGAGAACAACAGCGGAGAACGAGCUGGCUGUGCUGACCUGGACCACAUUGCUGCCAGUAUGAAGGCGCUGCUGGCACCAGGGGCAACUGACGGCACAGAGAUGUUUGGAGCACUGCCCCGUCCUCGCCUCAACACCGGAGACUUCUCUCUCAAACACUGAGAGACCCAGUGUGUGUGUGUGUGUGUGCGUGCGUGUGUGUGUGUGUGUGUUUGUGUGUGUUU